AAUUAUAUUCAACAUAAACAGUAAUCCCUGUGAAAGCCUGUGAAGAUCAAAGGCGCAGAAUUCUCACCGGCGGAUGCACUGUGCUUUGUGCUCUCUUCCCAAUUCCCAAGAAAAACUCACUAUAUGUAUCAGCACAAACUCCAUUAAAACUCUGACGUCAUCCUCCUGCUCCUCCUCCUCGCAUCGUUCACUUUCCCCUACACCCUCAAACCCGCCGAUCCACCCACCGCCCAUCGCCGUCGGUGGACGGGCCGGAUUUCUAAACCCUCGGAAAUCCGGAGCCCUUCAUGAUUCGAUAGCGUGGAUCUAAGCUCUUAGAAUUUUUAAUUGGAUUCCGCUUCGGAAAUGGCUGCUCCGAAUAUGGAUCAAUUCGAGGCGUAUUUUCGGAGAGCUGAUUUGGAUCAGGACGGCCGGAUCAGUGGUGCCGAGGCUGUUUCCUUCUUCCAAGGCUCCAAUUUACCGAAACAAGUGCUUGCUCAGAUAUGGAUGUAUGCUGAUCAAAGUCAAACAGGAUUCCUAAGUCGUCAAGAAUUUUAUAAUGCUUUAAAACUAGUUACUGUGGCUCAAAGUAAACGAGAAUUGACUCCAGAUAUCGUUAAGGCUGCUUUGUUUGGUCCAGCUUCAGCGAAAAUUCCACCGCCCCAGAUAAACCUUGCAGCCAUACCAGGCCCUCAACCAAAUAAUAUGUCAAAUUCUCCAGUUCCUUCAGUUGGUGCUGGUGUUCCAGCAGCAGGUCCAAGUAGUGGAACCAGAGGUCCUCAGGUCUUUCAACCUCAACAAAGUCAGGUUGCAAGGUCUCCUCGACCACCUGCUCCUAGCACUACUUUCCAGUCUCAUCCGGCUGUUUCAGGUCCAGGUGUGCCAGUGGGAUCCACUAUGACUUCUUCAAAUUCUCCUAUUUCCCCUGAUAUGAAUGGUGGUAGGACUAGUGGCUCCCAACCAGUGGUAACACCCCAAUUGUCUUACAGAGGUAUCAGUCCUAAGAGUCAUGAUGGAUUUGGUCUUGUUGCCUCUGGAUCAACCCCUCCACAAUCAAAAUCACAAGAUGCUGCUUUACUGGGUCACCAUCCUCCAGCUAAGGACUCUAUAACUCAUCAAGCUACAGGAAAUGGAUUGGCUUCGGACUCUCUUUUUGGAGAUGUUUUCUCUGCGACAUCUAUCCAGCCAAACCAAGCUUCUAAGCCACCUAAAUCUUCUGCUAGUAGUGUAUCAAUCUCAUCAUCUCCAAACCCUGUAUCUUCUGGUUCUCAACAAAAGGUUAAGUCUAACUCAGUUGAUUCUUUGCAAAACAUGCACUCUAAGCAACCAGCAGGUUAUCAGCAAACUCAAUCAAGUGUGAAACAAUACCAACAUGUCCCGGUGCAAACUUCCAAUGCAAUUCCUGGUGGAGCUGGAAAUACCGCUUCUAGCCAGUCACAGCUUCCUUGGCCAAGAAUGACCCAGGCUGAUGUUCAGAAGUAUAGUAAAGUCUUUGUAGCAGUAGACACAGACAGGGAUGGAAAAAUCACGGGUGAACAAGCACGCAACUUGUUUUUGAGCUGGAGACUGCCUCGAGAGAUUUUGCGGCAGGUAUGGGACUUAUCUGAUCAAGAUAAUGACAGCAUGCUUUCUCUGAGGGAAUUUUGUAUUGCUCUCUACUUGAUGGAACGAUACAGGGAAGGUCGCCCUCCUCCUCCAGUCCUACCAACUAGUAUUAUGCUUGAUGAAGCAAUGGCUGCUUCUGGUCAACCUACUGCAGUACAUUCUGGAGCAGCUUGGAGACAUACUCCAGGUAUACCACAACCACAGGGAACAAAAGGUACACAUCAAGCAGCUCCUGGUUCAUUUGGGAGGCCACCUCGUCCAGUUCCAAUUUCUCAGCCUGAUGAAGCUAGGCAACCUACUCAACAAAAGCCUAAACCUAAAGUUCCGGUGCUUGAGAAGCAUCUUGUUGAUCAACUUAGUUCAGAAGAACAAGAUUCUCUGAAUUCAAAGUUCCAGGAAGCAAGUGAAGCAGAAAAGAAGGUUGCAGAACUGGAGAAGGAAAUAAUGGAUGCAAAGGAAAAAAUUCAGUUCUUUCAUGCAAAGAUGCAAGAGCUUAUUUUAUAUAAAAGCCGAUGUGACAAUAGACUAAAUGAGAUCACUGAAAGGACUUCUGCUGACAAAAAAGAGGUUGAAUUAUUUGCAAAGAAAUAUGAAGAGAAGUACAAACAGACUGGAGAUGUAGCAUCUAAGUUGACAAUUCAGGAGGCCACUUUUCGUGAUAUUCAGGAGAAAAAGAUGGAUCUUUAUCAAGCAAUUGUCAAAAUGGAUCAAGAUGGAAAUGCUGAUAGUACUAAGGAUUGUGCAAAUCACAUUCAAAAGGAUCUUGAGGAGCUUAUAAAAUCAUUGAAUGAACGUUGCAAAACUUAUGGUCUGCGUGCCAAACCAACUUCACUGCUGGAGCUGCCAUUUGGUUGGCAACCUGGCAUCCAAGAAGGAGCUGCAGAUUGGGAUGGCGACUGGGAUAAGUUUGAAGAUGAAGGUUUCACAUCUGUGAAAGAACUCACCCUUGAUGUGCAAAAUGUCAUAGCUCCAUCUAAGACAAAAUCUUCCCUAAUUCGGGAGAAAGUAUCUUCUGGAGAUGCCAGAGAGACAGGAAAAUCACGCUUGGAUGAUGUUGGGGCUGAGAAUUUGUCAAGCCCGGUAAAAAGUACAGUGGUGGAUGAAGUGACAUCUGUCCAUAGUGAUGACCAAAGAGCAAGAAGUCCUCCUGAAAGUCCGUCAAAGCGCAAUGCAUUUGAUAGCCCCUCUAAGGAACUGCGUGAAUUUCAACCUAGGAAGGAAUUCAAUUUUGAUGGUUCACCCCAUGCAAUGCAAGGUGACCAUGGGGGUGCUGAAUCCAUGUUCUCCAGUGACAAAGGUUUUGAUGGAUCAGGUUGGGGUACAUUUGACACAAACUAUGAUUCAGAUGCUGCAUGGGACUUCAAUCCUGUUGCUAGUAAGAACGCUGAUAAUGAGAGACAGAAGGAGGAUCCUUUAUUUGGUUUCGAUGAUUGGGGUCUUGCUCCUAUAAAAACUGGAUCCAAAUUUGCAGUCGACACAGUUCCCAAGCAGGGUCCAUCUUUUGACUCUGUUCCUAGUACCCCAAGUUACAAUACAGGUGCUGCACCGGCAGGUGAUGUAUUACCAAAACAAAGCCUAUUCUUUGAUUCGGUUCCUAGUACUCCAAGUUACAAUGCCCCCACACAAGCUGGAGACAAGUUUUCAAAACAAAUGCCAUUCUUUGAUUCUGUUCCUAGUACUCCAAGUUACAAUGCUGGAUUCACACAAGCUGGUGACACAUUCUCAAAGCAAAGCUCAUUCUUUGAUUCUGUUCCCAGUACUCCAAGUUACAAUGCUGGAUUCACACAAGCUGGUGACACAUUCUCAAAGCAAGGCUCAUUCUUCGAUUCUGUUCCUAGUACUCCUAGUUAUAACACGGGGUUCUCCUACACAGAAAAUGCAUACUCAAAGCAAAGUCCUUUCUUUGAUUCUGUGCCAAGCACCCCUGCAUAUAGUUCCAACCUACACGCAGAUGACAUUUUUCAGAGGAAGAGCUCCUUUGCUGAUUCUGUUCCAAGUACUCCAAUGUAUGGCUCUACCAACUCCCCAAGAAGGUUUAGUGAAGGGCCUGAAGAGUUCUCAAGAGACUUCUCUAGAUUUGAUUCCUUCAGCUCGCAUGAUGGCAGUGGCCCCUUUGCACCUGAUGCAUCCUUCUCGAGAUUUGACUCCAUGCGCAGCACCAAGGACUCUGAAUAUGAUCACGGUUUGUUUCCACCACGUGACUCUCUAGCAAGAUUUGAUUCCUUCCGCAGCUCUGCAGACUCUGAAUAUACCUUUGGGAACCCUCCUCCCCGAGACUCAUUUGCAAGGUUUGAUUCCUUCCGAAGCACUAAGGACUCAGAAUACAGUCAUGGUUUUGCAUCUUUUGAUGAUGCUGAUCCAUUUGGAUCUAGUGGGCCAUUUAAGUCAUCAUUUGAGAGCGAGACACCACGGAGAGACUCUGAUAGCUGGAAAGCCUUUUAAUCGUCAAACAGACUAUGAUGUCUUAUUCUCGUGUCCUCCACACUUGUUUUUCAGCUAUUGCUGCUUAGGUUUCCUCUUUGAUAAUAGCAAAUUGGCUUUGUGAGGUAGAUAGAGAAGGUGUGCAAAACUAGUUGAAGUCAUGGUGGGCAGUGCCCUUUGUGUAAUUUACCAUCCUGGUUUGUUUUCCUUUUUUUUUUUGGGGGUUCUUUUUUUCCUUUACUGAUUAGUAUUUUUUUGAAGUGAACAGACUUGUGUUCACGUAUUCAUUUCUUCACCACCUACGUGUAUAAAAAUGUGUAAAAAUAUUGUGCAAUUUUGUGUAAGUUGCUAUUGGCGAGUAAAAUUUUUCUUUUUGGUAAA